AACCGUUCUUUGUCAGGAGUCUGGAUGGAUGGAUGGAUGGAUGAUGGAUGAUGGAUGGAUGAUACAGUAAAGGCAAAAAGCGUGCAGCAUUUGCACACAGUCAGUAAAGUCAAUAAUUGGGUAUAAACUACAUAAAAUACACCUGAACUGUGUAAUCAACCAAAAGUUUUGAACAGCUCAAAUCAGAAUUCACGUGAAGACCCGUCGGCUGAAACCCUUGAUGGACAUCUGAGCACAUCGAAGAACACAAGAAACAUGUAUAAAUAACAUAAAUCACGCAUGUAUCAUGAAAAAUGGACAUUUGUGGCCAAUGUUCAAAAUGUGUGACGCGGCCUUAUGGAGCCAGCACCUGCAUGGGUCAACCCCUGCACGAGUUCAUGUGACCAAGGCAUAAGAUCUGAGCUGGACCUCUGAUUGGAGGAUAAGUCCGGCCCUCCCCUCUGUGCAAACGGUCCUCUCUCAGGAUGAGGGCAUUGGCAUCACUGGUGGACACUGUUGUCUCAGUUCCUCCGUAGAACUUAAAUUAAAAAGAACAAAAACGUGUAGUUUUUUUUAAUCUGAUUUGGUUUUUCUUAGUGUGCAAAAAUGACCAUCAGAACAGUCCGUCCAGACCGGGGACAGCACUUCCAUCCACGGAUGCACUGCCUCAAAAAGCUGGAGGCCACAGUGGUGGAGAUGCAGGACCCAAAAACUGGAGUUAAAGGCUCAGAGCAGAAGCUCAACGUGACGACCAUCCCACAUGUCAUUGCAGGUAACGACAUCAUUGCAUGGAUUACCAACAAGAUGAAGGUCACUCAGGAAGAGGCUGGAGUGUUUGGUACCAUGUUGGUGGCUUAUGGCUACGUGUAUCCACUGCAGAACCACAAGAAGCUGGUGAUGUGCAACGACGGCAGUCUCUACCGCUUUCAGACUCCAUACUUCUGGCCAAAACAGAACUGGUUCGCUGAAGACUCUGACUAUGCCAUUUACCUGACAAAGAGAAACAUUCGCAAGAAAGGAAUGUUGGAAGCCUAUGAGCAGGCCCACUACAACCACUUAAAUGAAUGGCUGAACCACCAGUGGGACUUUAUUGUUAUGCAAGCAACUGAACAGUACAAGGCGGGUAAGGACAGACAGAAACCCGAUCGCGUGGUGUUGGACUGCCAGGAGCGGGCGUACUGGAUCGUGAACAGACCUCCGCGGCGAACUCACAGUGCGUUGGACAGCAGUCCAGAGAGACUCAUUAACCCCAAAGCAGAACAGAAAAUCACAUUUGACCAGUACAGACGCAUGAACAUUUUCUAUCAACAAGCUAUCAUGAGGUCCAAAGUCAAGUCCAGCGUGUCUCUCGGAGCGUUGGUCAAGUUCAUCACAACGUAUAAAAACCACGACCCGUUCCUGGCUCCUUGUCUACCAAGCAACCCGUGGCAAACGGACCACGAUGCGUACUGGACUCUGAACAUGCGAAGAGUGGAGGUUCCCACAAAGAUGCGCGUGGAGCGUUGGUCCUUCAGCCUGUUCGAGCUCCUCACAGACCUGCGGGGUCGAGAUGACUUCAAAAUCUUCCUGAAGAAGGAAUUCAGCGGUGAGAACUUGGCCUUCUGGGAAGCAGCUGAGGAGCUGAAGUGGGGGGCGUCUUCUUCAAUGUCUGCAAAAGCAGAAACCAUCUUCAAGACCUUCCUGGCCCCCGGCGCCCCCCGCUGGAUCAACAUUGACGGCAGAACGAUGGGUCUGACGGUGAAGGGCCUGGAUCAUCCUCACCGCUACGUCCUGGAAGCCGCUCAGACUCACGUCUUUAUGCUGAUGAAGAAGGUUUGUGACUGCACCUCAUCCUCAGGAAUACGUUUAGUGAUGCAGCUGACGGCGCUCUGCAGAGGGGGGCGUGCUGAAGGGCUUUCUGCUCUCUCAUUGGGUCAGGACACAUUCUUUCGUUACCUCAAGUCCCCCACCUACAAAGACAUCCAGAAGAAGGCGCUGAACCCCGAAGCCCAUAACUUCAGUCCAGCACAGCUGGAGCAGAACGCCCAGAACCGGAACCCGGGCAUUGAUCCCAUCAUCCUGUGGCAGCAGGACGAAGAGGAGAAGGCCAAGGCUGCUGCUGCCUCUGCCCCAGUGGACGUGAAGGCCAUGAUGAGCAAAAUAGACAGGAAGAAGUAGAGCGUCUGAGGAGAAAAUAGUAGAAGAAGAGGAGCUGAGGAAGAAUCUAAAUAGAUGAUGAAGAAGAGAAGAUGUUGUGUCCUUUCGCUAGACAGGAAAAACCAAGUGGAUCUGUCAGACUGGACAGCAAUACUGUCGUGGUUUUCUAGUCUUAGGAUGAAAGGCAGAUGCUGCUGCGUCAAUAGUUUGAUCAAUAAAAAACGUUUUCUUUAU